CGGCUGGGAGGUGGACAAGGAGGCCCCUGACAGGCUGAGACCGGUUCUGAGAGCGGGGAAACUGGCCGACCACUGACAGACACGAGAGGCUGCAAGUUCACCAGUGCUGUACAAAAAUACAACCCGGCGCGAGUGGUGCACUUGGGAGACCAAAGCAGGAGGGCAAGCAAAACAUUGUCGCUCCGGACGUAGUGGCACACGUCUUUAAUCCCAGCACUCCAGAGGCAGGGGGAAAUCUCUGUCAGUUCGAGGCCCGCCUGGCCAACCCAGCGAGUUCCUGCCCUGGCAACAGGAGCAAGGUAGAGAGUGCCCAUGGAAAGCCAGUGUCUCCUGUCGGAAGUUAGUGUGCUGGAUGAAAGUGGACCUGGAGCUGAUGUGAUGCAGGCAGAGCUCUGUGAAUUCAAGAUGCGCCUGGUCUACAUAUCAAGUUCCACCCAGGCCAGGACAAAUGAGGGUGUGUGUUGAAAGACAGUGUUUCUCUGUGCAGCCCUGGCUGUCCUGGAACUCAUUCUGCAGAUCAUGCAGGUCGAAACUCAAGAGAUCCGCCUGCCUCUACCUUCUGAGUGCAGGGAUUAAAGGCCUGCGCCACCACUACCCAGAAGUGGUUUUCACACUUUUAAAGGAUUGAGUUCAUUUUGAGGUUUGUCUAUAACUAGCUUGGUCAGUUGUCUGGUGUGAAUGCUAUAGAUGACGAAGUCCUGUAGCGAUGACACGCAAAAUGAACAUUAAGCUCACAACCCUCGGCCGGGGUGGAUACCCCUAGGUGGUCCAAUACAAUUCUACGUGAUUCGAAAAAGCGAAAACGUCUGACGCCCCCCUAGUAGGCACCACCACACGCCCAAAGUCCCAUCGAAUCAGAUGCAGGCCAGGGAUAUCAGAACCAGCAUUGCUCGCCGGCCAGACUGACAACCGCACUAUCUCCCCCACCCUCCACGGGCGGACCCGGGUCACGCAUCCUCCACUGUCGGGAAGUGCCACCAGCUCUAGACCCCUCUAACCGGCUGGGGCCUUUCUCGCUGGUACAUUAGCCGACGCCCCAGGGCGGGAGCUCCUCUGGCGCCAGGGGGCGCGCGGCUGCUCAGGGGACCUUCUGGCCUGCGGCGGCGGCAGCUCGACUGCUCCGAGGCAGGCCAGGUGAACCCCUGCGUUUCCCCGCAACGUGCGGGUAUCGCUUGAGCUACUACCAUGGAGGUGCCGGUGGAUACCGGGCCUCGGCAAGCUGGCGGAGGACUAGGCGUGGCCAGAUCCACGUCCUCCGGCCGUGCAGCGCGGGCCUCGGCGAUACCCUGGGCGCGCUUCUCUGCCUGGCUGGAGUGCGUGUGCGUGGUCACCUUCGAUCUGGAGCUGGGCCAGGCGCUGGAGCUCGUCUAUCCGAGUGACUUCCGGCUCACAGAUAAGGAGAAAAGCAGCAUCUGCUACCUGUCCUUUCCAGACUCCCACUCAGGAUGCCUUGGAGACACUCAGUUCAGUUUCCGCAUGCGUCAGUGUGGAGGUCAGAAGAGCCUCUGGCAUGGUGACGACAGGCCUUAUAACAGCAAGGCCCCCUUGGCACUGCAGAGAGAGCCAGCGCACUACCUGGGCUAUGUGUACUUCAGACAGGUGAAGGACAGCUCCAUGAAGAGGGGCUACUUCCAGAAGUCUUUAGUGCUGGUGUCCCGGCUGCCAUUUGUCCGGCUGUUUCAGUCACUCCUAAGCCUGAUCGCCCCUGAAUACUUUGAGAAGCUGGCACCCUGCCUGGAAGCAGUUUGUAAUGAGAUUGACCAAUGGCCAGCCCCCGUGCCUGGGCAGACCCUGAACCUACCUGUCAUGGGAGUCGUCAUUCAGGUGCGCAUCCCAUCCAGGGUGGACAAGCUGGAACCCAAUCCGCCAAAGCAGUGUGACCAAGAGAACCUGCUGCCAGCCCCAGUCGUCCUCACUAGUGUCCAUGAACUGGAUCUGUUUAGGUGCUUCCGGCCAGUGCUAACUCAUGUGCAAACCCUGUGGGAGCUCAUGCUCCUUGGGGAGCCCCUCGUGGUCCUGGCACCCUCGCCUGAUGUCUCUUCAGAACUGGUGCUAGCCCUGACCAGCUGCCUACAGCCCCUAAAGUUCUGCUGUGACUUCCGCCCCUACUUCACCAUUCACGACAGUGAGUUCAAGGAGCUCACAACACGAACACAGGCUCCACCAAACGUGGUCCUAGGAGUCACAAACCCUUUCUUUAUCAAAACACUCCAGCACUGGCCUCAUGUCCUCCGAAUUGGGGAGCCCAAGAUGUCAGGGGACCUUCCUAAGCAAGUCAAGCUUAAAAAACCCUCACGGCUGAAGACCCUCGACACCAAGCCAGGCCUCUACACCUCAUAUACUGCCCAUCUCCACCGGGACAAAGCACUGCUUAAACGGCUGCUAAAGGGCGUACAGAAGAAGAGGCCAUGGGACGCACAAAGUGCCCUGCUGAGGCGGCACCUCCUAGAACUCACACAGAGUUUCAUCAUUCCCCUGGAGCACUACAUGGCGAGCCUCAUGCCACUGCAGAAGAGCAUCACACCCUGGAAGAGCCCCCCCCAGAUCUGCCCCUUCCGCCAGGAUGAUUUCCUGCGUAGCCUGGAACACGCGGGACCCCAGCUCACCUGCAUCCUCAAGGGCGACUGGCUGGGCCUCUACAGGCGUUUUUUCAAGUCCCCCCAUUUUGAUGGCUGGUAUCGGCAGCGGCAUAAAGAGAUGGCCCAGAAGCUGGAGGCUCUACACCUGGAAGCUAUUUGUGAGGCGCAGAACAUUGAGGCCUGGAUGAAGGACAAGUCGGAGGUGGAAGUGGUGGACCUAGUCCUGAAACUUCGAGAAAAGCUGGUGCGGGCACAAGGCCACCAGCUCCCUGUGAAGGAGGUGACACUGCAGCGGGCUCAGCUGUACAUCGAUACAGUUAUUGGCUCCCUGCCCAAGGACCUACAAGCAGUCCUGUGCCCUCCCUAGGACAGAGCCAACUUGUGUGGUCCUGGAGGCCUAAGUCUGCCAAGUUCCCUCUCCUGUGAAGGCAGGCCUCCACCAAGCUGGGGGCUCCCAGCCUUGGGCUCCUACCUCAGCUUCAGCCCCCUCCUGGAACCACCUCUGUCCCAGCAGUAAAAAUGACAUUUGGAAUAACAGUCUGGUCCCUGACUAUGGGGGGAUUCUGUGCUGGCACUGCCUCGUUCCUUCCUGGACCCCACCUGUCCUCUGCAGCUGGAGGUGGGAGUGGGCUAGUAACCCUCACUGAUGUAGGUGCCUUCACCACCUGCCCCCUCUUGGCGCCCAUCUGCCCACACUUCAGGAUGCCUUGUGUUGUGGGUCCUUUAGCCCAGCAUGCUUCCCAGCUCAGAGCAGAGGGAGGCAGCUGCCAGGGCCAGCCCCUCUUCUUUACACUCCACUCAUUCUGUCUUCUGGGGAGUGAUGGGUACUUUGCCUAGGCUGUUCCUUGAGCAGGCAGAAGCUCUUUGUCCUGUGAGGACCUAAAUCUCCUUCCUGCUGUGACUGGUCAGCAUGAGGGAGUGAGGAAUGGCUAUAGGACUGGGCGCCCACUCAGAAAGCAAGCUCAGGCUGGUUUUUUUUAGGUCCUCACCACAGUCCUUGUUCCCUUUCUUGGAACACCCCCUGGACACCUGCUCCAUGCAUUUCACCCAGGCUGCCAAGGGAGACUCCAGCUUUCCCCUCAUGUCUGCCCCUCCCCUUGAAGCUCGAAAACUUUGGGCUAUAGCCUAAUGUUGCAUUCUCUGCUGUCUUGUCCUUAGGGUGCAGUUGGUCUCGUAGGCCGUGGUGUUUCUUGGAGGUACUGUUCUGUGGUCUUCGUAGGAAAGGGCUAACCUCUGUGAUCCCAGGGACCUAAGGCUGCCAAGGGCCUCCCUCCCCCUUAAGGGUGUAUCCUGGUUUCAGCACCCCUUCUAGAACUACUUUGGUCCCAGCAGUAAAAAUGGCAUUUGGAACCACAGCCUGGUACCUUAAUGUUGAAGGAGUCGUUGCUGGCCCUGUCUUGCCCCUUCCUGGAUUGGAUACUGUUGUGCAAUGACCCCUCAAGCCCGAGCUUGGUACAAUGAGCUGCAAUGUUGCAACCCAGCACAAAAUUAGGGCUCUUGGGAUGGUGCAGACUAAAAUGAGGAACCAGAGUUGCAGCCAGACCCUGUGGAGUAUCAGAAACCUGUAGGAGGGUCUCCUGACCACUCAGACUAAAUCUGUGAGAUGAGGCUACAUCCCUGGGCAGUGUCAGGCAGUAGCAGGGAAAGAGGGGCAUUAAAAAGAGCGGGCUGUAUACCCUGUAACGCUUUAAGGGGUGUUGGCAAAGUAAGCUGAUGCAGAGCUGUACGAUGAGCUUUUGCUUUUUUCCAGAGCUCCCAUGUAGCAUGACUACAACCCGUUCUGGGUUCUUUGGACUACUUUGAUCAAACCCUCAAGUAUGUAUUGCCUUGCCCUUCUGCACUGAUCCUGGCUAAGUCCAGGCCUAACAAAGGCAGUCAGUCCAUUGUAAACAGUGCCAGCCCUGUUUCUAGAUCUUUGUACGUGUUCUCUCGUUUACCCCUCUGACCUCAGCCUAUAGCCUGUCACAUUGUAUCCAUUUUACAGACCAGGAAACAGUCAAGAUAGAUAUGCUGGUGUACAGUGAGCUGAUCAGUCUAACUCGGUGUCCAGUUAGAAAACUGAGCAGAGGCAGGUAGAGGUGGAGACCUUGGCAUUAGGAAGAGUGACCCUGAGUACCCGCUGGAACAGCGGUGCCAGCCUCACCACCAAAAGCCUGGUCUCUUAGGGAUCUUCGGAAAUGUGGCAUCUUCCACUGUGACAGAUGGAGCUCCCAGGCUAUGGGGACAGCAGAGUGCUAGCCAUUUGGAGUCUGCGAAACUGUGCCUUUAGUAUACCCAGCCUCCUACCCAAGUAUACAGUGGCCAGUUCUGAGGCCCUCAGGUCUUAGUGGUCCCACCCUAAAGAGCAUAUCUCAAAUGCCACUGCAAUGUGUGCUUCUCAUGUUUUCCUUUCACUUUCUGAGGGCUGAUAUACAGUAAACUUCAGAGUGGCUCCCAUGGACCUCAGUCACCAUCCACCUAGGACUGUAACUAGCUUCUGCCCUGGCAGUCGGUGAUGCCCAGAACACUGGACAUGGGACUCAGGAAACAGAUUAAGGGAGGUGGGAGGGUGUGGACACAACAGCACUGCCUAGGGCAUAGACCCAAGGCUGACAUGUGUAGGACAAGGAAAGUUCCAGUCCCUUUCAGGGGCUUGUUCUGGCUGCUGGGUAGUUUACAGCCUGGGCCCCUACCAGCUGCAUCCUCUUCUGCUCUUGCUCUCCCAGGAUGUGAUCAGCUCUGAGUUAGAGGGGCUUUGGUCCAGAGUAGGCUUAAACCUUCCAGUCCCUGCCAAGGACAGGGCCUGGAGGGAAGAAGACAGAUGGCUACAAGGAGGCGCUCCCCUCCCCCCAAGCCCAAGGUCCCUCAUGGUUAAGAUGCCUGGAUGCCUGGAUAGUGAAAAACUAAUCCAAGAGGCUGUGGUCCCCAGGGCUCCCUUUUGUGGCAAGUAGGAGAGAUCUGUGAGUGAGCAUUCAGGGGAUCUAGGAGGGCUGGGUGGAGGUCAUGAGGCGUCCAGCCCCAGGGACAGACCGGAAGGACAGGAGGGUUCUUUUACCCUCCUGCUUCCUGCCUUCUAUUUUGAGCCCUACUCAGUUUGG